GAGGAGGAAGAAGAAAAAAAAGAAGAAGAAGAAAAUAUUUGCUAACAAGAUUAGUACGUCUAUGUUUCUUACAUCUCCGUUCUGUUUUGCCGAAAAUUGAGCCAGCAACUGUUAAAAUGCAAUAACGCAACAACUUAGUCUCCGUAGAACACAAUGCCAUGUUGAAAUUGAGCAAAAUUUAACUUGAUAGAACGUUAGUGGCUGUGAUUCGGCCGUAACUUAAAGCGGAGGUUGGUAAGAAACGAAGCAGUUUAUCAGGAUGUCGUGGUUCAGUCACGUCUGUCAAGGCUCAGACCCGCAGCAGCAGACUCCUGGUCCGGCAGGGGGGUCACUGACACCCCCAGACUGGACCGCCUGCUCCUCUCCCUACUCAGAAGAUUUCCCCUCGCCGCCCCAGACCGCAACCGGUCCUCCCAGCCUGGAGAACCUGUCGUGCGUCUCAACGAAUGCGGGUCAGUUCCGCGAACCGGACCCCAUCUCUUAUGUGACCCUCCAGGAGCAGCGGUGCGUCCUGAGCUGGUUCCAGGGUUGGACCCCCGUGCAGAGGGAGCGGUUCCUGCAGGACCUGUUGGGAAAAGCCGUGCCCGGGAAAGUGUGCACCCUCUUGGAUUCGCUCAGUACUCUUCAGGUAAAAGACAGACUGCCCAACAUCUUUGAAUGCCAGCUGCGUCUGUGGACUCAGUGGUUCGAGUCUUGGGGAGAAGAGGAGAGGAAUCAUUUCCUGCACAUGUUGGAAGAGCGAGACCCAGUUUUCGUCGCCCACUUUUACAGGAGUGUAGCAGGAACAGCAGGAAGAGACUGAUCUGUAAACGCCUUGUAUCAUUAAAGCAGAUGGUUCUUGAUAUGGACAGUGGAAAAAUGAGAAAGGUGUGAUGUAAAGUGUGUAAGUGCAUCAGGAUGAAUUGCUGCGGGGAAGCUAUUUCAUUUUGGAAACAGAAAUGCCUGAAUAACAGAAACUGUUUCUCUUCAGUUUUCUAUACUGGUUUGCUGCAAAAUGGUGCACACACACUGCCUUUACGAGACCACAACUACUUUGUAACCAGCCGUGUAUCAGCAUGAUUAGGCAAAAACUACUGCACCCAUUUUCAAGAAAUGACAAACCCAAAAACGUUUGGGACAGAUUUUACAACAUGUGACUAAAUUCCAGAACUGUUGGACCUUGGCGGUGCUCUUUCAGAGCCCCCCUUCUAGUUUAUAAUGCUUUCAUCAUGAAGCUUUGCCAUUCCAUUUGAUGACCAAAUGGUUAAACUUGAAUUAACUGAUCAACAUCUGAUUGUAUAAUGAUGAAACCUGGAGGCUUGGUUUACUUUUACUGGACCCUGUCUUCAUUUAAAAAAAAAAAAAAAAAAGAAUAAAA